GUCUGCGCCUGAGUGAUGACGACACUGCCGCGCUGGGAUUGGGUCGGUCGACUUCUACUUUCUGCUGUAACCUCCGCGCGCUUCCGCUUCCGCCACAGCUGCCGCUCUCUGGUUGUUUCCUGAGCUGCCGCGUCCUUGUCGACCUUUGUGCACUAUGUCGGGUGGCCUCCUGAAGGCGCUGCGCAGCGACUCCUAUGUGGAGCUGAGCCAGUACCGGGACCAGCACUUCCGGGGUGAUAAUGAAGAACAAGAAAAAUUACUGAAGAAAAGCUGUACAUUGUAUGUUGGAAAUCUUUCCUUUUACACAACUGAAGAACAAAUUUAUGAACUUUUCAGCAAAAGUGGUGACAUAAAGAAGAUCAUUAUGGGUCUGGAUAAAGUAAAAAAAACAGCAUGUGGAUUCUGUUUUGUGGAAUAUUAUUCUAGAGCAGAUGCAGAAAAUGCCAUGCGGUAUAUAAAUGGAACACGUCUGGAUGACCGGAUCAUUCGCACAGACUGGGAUGCAGGCUUUAAGGAGGGCAGGCAGUAUGGACGUGGGCGAUCAGGGGGCCAGGUUCGAGAUGAGUAUCGACAAGACUAUGAUGCUGGGAGAGGUGGCUAUGGAAAACUGGCACAAAAGCAGUGAGAGGUGAGAGCCCCAUCAGUGCAAAACUCCCUCCACUGGCCUGUUGAGUUUGUUGAAGAAUAUUACCCACAGUCUGAUCAGUGUCUACUGAGCUGCAAGCCUUUACAUGGUUUCUCCUGACAAUUAUUAAAGGACAGACAGAAUACAAGAGAAUGCCUUUAAUUCUAAUCUUAGAAUAUUGGCCAUGUGUCAAGUUACCAGAUGAUUUUCAGUUACCAGGUCUAAAAUUGUGUUCUCUGGGACUGGGGAUGUGGCUUAGUGGUAUAGCACCUGCUUCACAUGUUCAAAACCCUGGUUAGAUCCCCAGAACCCUCCCCCACAACACAAAGUGUUCCUUAGCAACAGGUUUGAUAUAUAAUGUUGAUUAUUCCGUCAGCCAAAAUGCCACACUUUUUAAAGGAAAAUGGAAAAAUGUAAUAAUUUGUUUUACCAUGUUUGUAUCUUAAGUAGGUUCAUGAUCUACACUGGGGCCUGGAAUGAAUAUUUUUUAAAAUUUAAGUUUGCACGAGAUAAAGUUUAAUAAAAGGAAUUUUGCUAUGUGGUAUAGCUUUGUUUUAAAUUAACAACAGGUGUUUGACAACUGAAUAUGUUUUUUAUGUUGAAUUCUAAUCUUUAAAGGGUCAAGGGAGCUUCCUAACUAGUUGGUAUAGAAGUAAGUAAACCUGAGAUGGUCCCAGCGACAUGUCUCACUUCCAUUCCUUACACAGCACAAAAGUAGGUGCAGGGUUUGAAGAAUUAUAUACAUUUUUCAAAACAUGUUUUACCUAAAGCUAACAACAACAAAACAAGGGUUUGCAAUACAGAAAACCUCACAUAUUCUAGUGGGUGGGGGAAGACACUAUUAGUAGGAAAUGGAAUGAAAUAUCAGGAGACAUGUGUUAAAGGAUUGCCUUGACAUGAUGAAGUUUACUAUAAAGGCCAUCAGAUUUAUUCUUUCCGUUUUAAAUGUAGUCCUGGGAAUAGAAUGGGUUCUUUUUUAAAAGAGCUUGAUGACAGAGAAUGCUUCACAAAAAUAGAGAAAGAUUUCCUAAAGAAAGUGUCUAUUUCAGCUACUUCUCAAACUGAAGUCUUUUUUAUUUUUCCCAAAUUGUGCUUACUACGGUUCAAGCCAGGGUGGUCUAGAGAAUUUGUUUUGCAUUUGUAAGGCAAGAGGUGAUUUCUAAUAUUAUAUGUGAGUAUAAUUUUCCCUGGUAUGUAAAAAAUGUAAAUUUUUUUUCAAAGUAUCUUCCAGUAGUUUGUGAAAGUUGGGGCUGAAUGUGAACAGCUUUCACGUUACAAUAAACGUGGGUUUUCUCAUUAAAUUCUAAACUUUUAAUUUUUUAAAGAGCUAUAACAGUUGUUAAGUGCUUAGGAAGAAACCAUUUGCAAACAAUCAGGACACAUUAUUCAUUUUUAGAAUUUGUUUUUACAAUAUAGUUUGAACUAAUAUAUUUUGUAUUCUUGUGUGGUGAAAAAACUCAGAUUCUACAGGCCUUAAAACCAAAGACUGUGACUCUUAUUUGAAUUGUGUCUUCUAUAACAGAUUUCAAUAAAGCUGGACCAACUUAC